AUGGGUAAAGGUGGAAAAAAUCAGGAAUCAUCUUCAUUAGUCGAUGAUCAACAAAAAACUCUAUCUAUGGCAACAAUAUCAAAUUCUAUUCCUGUAAAUAAUACUAAAAAACAGUAUACAUGGGAGGAAAUACGUCGUCAUUCAAAUAAAAACGAUCGAUGGAUUGUUCUUGAUAAAUGUGUUUUUGAUGUUACUCGUUGGACGAAACAUCCAGGUGGGCAAACACUUUUGAAUUAUUACGCAGGACAAGAUGCGAGCGAGGCUUUUCAUGCGCUUCAUCCAGACAUUGCUUUAGUACAAAAAUAUCUUAAAUCAUUUUAUAUUGGUGAUGUAAUCGAUGAUGAAGAUAAUCUAUCUGCAAAAACUGAUCAAGCAUUAAAAGAUGAUUUUGAACAAUUAAGACAAAAAGCUUUUGCUAAAAAACUAUUUGAACCAAGCCGAACAUUUUUUAUUUUAAGUUUUCUACAUAUUUUGGCUUUCGAAUUUGCUGCUUAUUUUAUUUUAUUUCGUUUCGGAACAAAUUGGAUACCGUACUUAUUAACAUUACUUUGUUAUGUUAUUGCUGAAGCACAAUGUGGUUGGCUUCAACAUGAUUUUGGACAUUUAUCAGUAUUUAAAAAGGCGUCAUGGAAUCAUGUAUUACAUCAAUUUUCCAUGGGUUUAAUUAAAGGAGGAAGUGCGGAUUGGUGGAAUAAUAUGCAUUUUCAACAUCAUUCAAAACCAAAUGUUAUUGACAAAGAUCCCGAUACACGUAUCGAGCCCUUAUUUUUAUUGGGUGAUACAAUUCCAAUACGAAAAGCUGAAAGAAAUGCGAAACAUGGAAAGAAAGUACCCUAUAAUUUUCAACAUUUAUAUUUUUUUAUUGUGGCACCAAUGCUAUUCCCGUUAUAUUUUCAAUUUAUGACAAUACGACAUGCUAUAAAACGACGAAAAUGGAUGGAUCUUGCUUGGUUAUCUAUAUAUUAUAUCAAAUUCUUUACAUUAAUACCAUUAAAACUUGGCUUUAUUGGAGCGAUAAAACUUCUUUUUUUAAUUCGUACAUUCGAAGGCACGUGGUUUGUUCUUGUUUCACAAUCGAAUCAUGUUGUUAUGGAUGUAUCACAUGAUAAUUCUAAAUUACCAUGGUUUCGUAUGCAGUUAAAAGCAACAUGUAAUAUUGCUCAAUCAGCAUUUAAUGAUUGGUUUACAGGGCAUUUAAAUUUUCAAAUUGAACAUCAUCUUUUUCCAAUGAUGCCGCGUCAUAAUCUUUAUAAAAUUCAAUCAGAAGUAAUGGAGAUAUGCCAGAAAUAUAACAUUCCAUAUAUUUCUAAACCUAUGGGACGUGCUUUUCUUGAUAUAUUAACAUCACUUGAAAAAUCUGGUCGCAUGUGGCAUGAAGCUUAUGAAGAAUUGAUUGAAUCUGGACAUACAAAAACAAACUAA